GCAGCGCGAAGGCGUGCGGAGUCCUGUGUUCCCGGAGGGAGACAGACGCCUGUUUGAAAACCUAGAAACGUUUUCUGAAGAUUGUGGAAAGCCAGGAGGAAACUGGGAGGAGGAGAUGGAGGGGGGGCAGAUGUGGACGUGUGUGUUUGAGAGAGAGGGAGACAGAAAGAGAAAUGUUGCUAGCUGUGCUCUGCAGGGCUAGGCUGUGCUCUCUCUCUGUGUGUGUGUGUGUCUGUGUGUGCGCGCGUGUGUUGCAGCUGCCUGUCCCCGCAGGCUGGGAAUAGCUCUAGAUCUGCCUCUUGGCUGCGGACUGUGUGGGUUUUGCUAGCCCUGGCGGCUUCCUACACUCCUCGCUGCUGGCUUCCUUCAGCUUAUUAGCGCCAGGCAGGAAAAAGGAGCGGGCUUCCUUCUUUUGUACGCAGCCUGCCCGGCACCCUCGCAAGCUCCGAGCGGGCCCCCGAUCUGCAGUAACGGCAGCCGCUUGGGCAGCGGGAGGGGAGGGCGAGAAAGGAGCCCUCUUGGGACCCGCUCUGCCUCUUUCCCUCGGCCUCCUUCCUCGGACUAGUCACUUGCUUUUCCUGCGAGACUCGCCCGCUCCGCUUCCACCCGCAGCCUAACGUGCCUCGUUCGGUGAGGACGGCUCAAUGCCUUCUCCGUAAAGCCCACGAGGAGCGCGAUCGACGCGACUGUACGUGAACAGUUGGCUAGUCCAGGUGUUUCCUCUUCUGUUUGCGUGAUAUGUGAAUUGGAUACUCAAGAGAAGAGUUGGCAGAAUGGAAGAGCUGAGGGACAGUCGGCCCAAUAUGUCAAGACCUCUGAUCACUAGGUCCCCUGCAUCUCCUCUGAACAAUCAAGGCAUCCCCACACCAGCUCAGCUCACAAAAUCAAAUGCACCAGUACACAUUGAUGUGGGUGGGCAUAUGUAUACCAGCAGCUUGGCCACACUCACUAAAUAUCCUGAUUCAAGAAUUGGGAGGCUUUUUGAUGGCACGGAACCAAUUGUUUUGGACAGCCUCAAGCAACACUACUUCAUUGACAGGGAUGGUCAAAUGUUCAGAUAUAUCUUGAAUUUUCUACGAACGUCUAAGCUCCUCAUACCAGAUGAUUUCAAGGAUUACAGUUUGUUAUAUGAAGAAGCAAAGUAUUUUCAGCUUCAGCCCAUGCUAGGAGAAAUGGAAAGGUGGAAACAAGAUCGGGAAACAGGCCGAUUUUCAAAAUCUUGUGAGUGUUUGGUUGUGCGUGUUGCCCCGGAUCUUGGAGAGAGGAUUACCUUGAGCGGUGACAAGUCCUUGAUAGAAGAGGUUUUCCCAGAAAUUGGUGACGUGAUGUGCAAUUCAGUGAAUGCAGGUUGGAAUCAUGAUUCAACACACGUAAUCAGAUUUCCUUUAAAUGGAUAUUGUCAUCUCAAUUCAGUUCAGGUACUUGAAAGGUUGCAGCAAAGAGGGUUUGAAAUUGUUGGCUCCUGUGGUGGAGGGGUGGACUCUUCUCAGUUCAGUGAAUAUGUACUUAGGAGGGAACUCAGACGGACAUCUCGUUCAUCCUCUGUCAUUCGAAUAAAGCAGGAGCCUCUGGACUAAGGACACUUUUCUUCUUAUGCAACAACAAAAAGGGGGACUUUUUUCAUGUGCAGUUGGGACACCAAAAGAACUCUGGAAUGAAAAGUUGAAUAAA